AUGUCCGGCGACUCCAACCAGCUGUGGCAGCAGUGCGUGGGCCAGCUGAUGGCGGAGGGCCAGUGUGCCGACUGCGCCGUGGUGCGCCUGCGCGGCGGCGAGGUUCUGGCGGCGGCCGAGGGCGGAGUCCUGCAGCACCUGAGCCCCCGAGAGGUGCGCCUCCUGCUGGACACCAGCCGCGACAACCGCCGGCGCUUGCAGACGCACGGCCUCAGCCUGGGCGGAGUGCCGGUGGCCGUGCUGCGGGACCAGCUGACAGCAGCAGGGGGCGCUGUUCAGCUGAGCAUGGACCUGCGCACCAAGCGGCAGCCCAGCCAGGGAGUGGCCGUGUACCGCACCCGCACCCACCUCCUGCUGCUCAUGGGGAGGCACGGCGUGGGCGGAGGCCUGCUCCACCACAGGGCGCACCAGAUGGCCCUCAACCUCCACCACGCCGGCGCUUAG